UUCAGUUGAGCGGUUGACCCGAGGGAAAAGCACAGACCAAAGAGCUGGUGCUUUGAUCUCCUGACAUUACCAGUCUCAUUGGUUGCCUACCUGUACAGAGGUAACUUGCAUAUGGUUCCUUUCUCUGAACAGAUAGUCUGCCUUCUCCAUCCAUCAAGAUGCCUUCUGCUGUCUUUUUGGGAACCAGUCUUUGAUUUACUGAUGAGAAGCGUUUGAGAAUAACUGGACUUGCUGCCCUUAGUUUGGAAUCAGGCAGGAUGAAAAGAGGCAUUACAACCAAGACUCCAAAGCAAGCUGUGACACAUAGCUGUCCCAGAAAAAAUGAUUGUUUGGCAUGGAAAUCAAAUGCCUUGCAGGCGACUGGUCACAAAAACGGGCAGAAAUCUAACAGGGAUCAACAGCAAACUGCCACUGAAGAUGCUGAUCCCAGGGACAAUUCUCCUGAGGAAGCGCUGAGCUAUUUGCAGAAAGCUAAAGAUCGCACUCCUCCAAAAAAUGAAGUUCUGCAGAAACACUUGGUGACUGUGGAAAAGAUUGCCCAAGAGAGAGGCUUGGCACCAGAAGAACUUGACAUCUUGCUGAAGAUAGCACUGAGUGGCAAGUUUGCUGAAGUGGUAAGCACACGACUGUUGAAGAACUUGGUUCCCACAUCAGCAAUAAUGGAAGAUUCUGUCGUUUCAGCUGUGUCUUGGCUUUGUGUUGCCAAGUGUUCUCGGGGCACCCAGGUGCUUUUUUUAAAAUGGCUAAUUGCAAUGUUUGACUUCAUUGAUCAAAAGGAACAGGUUAAUGCCCUCUAUGGAUUCUUCUUCAGCUUCCUACAAGUUGAGAAACUGUUUCCCUUUGCUUGUCAUGUGCUAUAUUUGUUGACCAGAAAAAAGAAUGUGAAGCCUUUUCGUGUAAGAAGACUCCUAGACCUGCAGGCCAAGAUUGGAGCAGAACCUCCUUUGCAGGCUCUACUGUUGUUGUACAAGAACUUCUGUCCAGAGAUGGUCUCUGUAACUUUGCCCACAAACACAAAGGUACAAUUCAAGAACUCAGAAAACCUGUGGAAAACAGCCAUCAGCAACAUAAAGCGACGACUCUAUGGGGCACCACUUGCAUCUCAGCCAAAUCUAACAGAUGCAGCUUGCCCCCGGUCUCGGAAAAGGAAAUGGAAUAACAAGUUGGUCUUGCCUGCAUGCAGUGCCCGCUCCAACUGUUCACCUGCGAGCAAAAAGACAAGCCCUGUUGAUCUCAUUGGCCAUGAUGACACCUUCCCUGUGGAGCGGUUGCAGACAUUCCCCCAGCUUCUGGAAAACAUCCACUGUUUAGAACUUCCUUCCCAGAUAGGCUCUGUGCUGGCAAACCCUCUUUUGCUCCACUAUGUUAACUGUGUUUCUGACGACUCUGUCUACCGAAGGAUGUAUCACUGGAUGGGCCAGACGCUCAGAGAAGAAUGCCCUUGGCAUAAAGUUGAGAACCAGCCAUUCGAGCAGGAGUUCAAGGACUUCUUGAGGAAAAUCUUUGAAGCAGAGUGUUUUUUGCAGGAGGGCUUCUCCUGCUGCGAGGAAUUCUUGUACAGGAGCCUCCCAUUCUGGGAUGGCUGCUCCUGCCGGUCGCAGGUCUUGCAGCUGAUGAGCUGGAUCCCUCUCAGUGCCUUCUCAGAAAUGAAGUCUUAUCUCUUCAGGCCCCUGGCACAGCUUUUUUUCUCAUCGUCCCUUUAUUUUAAGUGCAGUGUUCUUGAAAGCCUGAGGGAACUAUUACUCAACUGGCUGAACUGGCACAUCAUACAGACAGACACGACCACAAAGUCAAAUGUUGAUCUCUUGAACACCACCCUUUCUGGCUUGGUUAGCUCUAUGGCAGAUCUCAUCCAUUUUGUUGGCUGGCUCUCAACUGUUGCCCUGCGCUUGGAGAACAACUCUGCUUUCUUGAUGCACUUCAUCCUGGAUUUCUAUGAGAUAGUGAGUGACAUGUACCUGAAGUAUAACUUCCCCUUGGUUGUGAUGCCUCCAGCUGGAAUCUUCUACACAGCACUGCUUAGCAUUGAUUCUGUCAAUCUGGACCAUCUCUGCUACAUUAUGUACAGGUAUCGAGCUAACUUGAUAGCUGCAAAACAAAAUCAACAGACUAAAAAGACAGUAUUGCAGUUCAAGUUCAGCAGCCAGACUUGCCAAGAAUACAAUCAGUACAUAACAGCCAUGGUUGGGUGUCUGUGGACCUCGAAUGUGUUCCAGAAGGACUUCCACCAUCAGGGUAUUCGCAUGGACCCAGAAGUGCUAGAGAGGACCAGAGUGAAGGGAUACAGGAAGAGCUUCAAUAUUGUGUAUCACCCUGCCCUGACAGGCUAUGCUAAGCUUUUCUUACAGGAGGCACGCCCGGAAGACAGAAUUCCAAACUUCCAGUUAAUUCAGGGGAGGAGGUGGGAGUGGUACCAGGAAUAUCUCUACGCCCAAGAAUUGCAAGGCCUGAAACUCUUCAUCGAGAGUAGCAUUCACCGUGCUUCCCAGGCCUCUCAAACACAAACAAACAAAUGAUUGGUUGCUUGACUGGUUUUUCUUCGCAACUCUUCCAGCUACCCAAGUUAAAUGUGGAAGGCUCUUGAACUUCUGUUUUGGAGAAGAGGGUGACAUCCUAAUCAACUACCUGAGGAUGGGAGAGCAAGAGGCCAGGAUGUCUUAAGGGUCUGGCAGCCAUCUCCUUGGAAAUGACUAAAUAAAAAAAAAUUGCACUUGAGAUAGAAGCCGUGGCAGUCCAAUGGCUGCUGCCUUUUCUUUCCCAUAGUGGGAGAAGGAAAAAUGUUCUCAGUAAUGAACUGAGACAAGGAUGGGGAGCAGCCGUCAGAUUCAUAAGAAUUCUCAGGGUUGAGAAACUGCCCAACCAGCAUGGCUGGUGGCAUCGUUCUGAGGCAGCUGGAACACCUUGAUGGUGCUGAAAUGCACGCUUUAUUGAUGUCAUGAAGCCCCUGGGACUGUCAAAAUGGCUGACAUCUUUCUUCUGUGCUUGUUCCUAUGUAUAUAAAUGUACAGCAGAUACUUAUACAGCACGGUGUACUUUGUAAUUUAUGUGCUCUCUUACUUCUGUACUGGACAGAUAGGUGAAAGCCAGGUUUUUCUAGGGUUAUACCCUGCAAAGUGUAGCUGCCUGAUUCUCUCUUUUAAGCUAUCCCAACUAGCUUUUCCUUUCAGGAUCGGAUUGGCAAUGGGAUUUGGGGAAAGCUUACGGGCCUGUUUCUUAUGGCUCCUGAAGAAUUCUUCCUUGCUACCAUUGGAAAGAACCUUAUUUCCUUCUUGGCUGCAGCACAAGGGUUAGAAACCGUGUACUGACAGAAGCUGUAUGCUGACAUUGUCUUUUUAUACCCUUGGCUUGACGUGGUAGCAUUUCCUGUACCUGAAACAUCCCCAUAGUAAGUGACUGAAACAGCCACAUGGUUUUCAUGGCCUGCACUAGUCUUCAGAGGCGUACUGUGCGUAAAUGGCGCCUGGAGACAAAUUGUCUUCAGGUGCCCCCCCUGCUGCCUAGGGGUGGGGCUCCGCCCCCUCGCUACCGCCCCACUCCUGGCAGGCCAGAAGAGACUGCCG